AAAGUAGUAAGUUCACCUUGGCAACAUAAAGAAAUGGCCGAUAUACAGCGACAAUGUCGAAAGAACGGCAUAUUUCAUUUGUUUACUUGAGAUUACCACUUCAGAACGUCUAAUUUAGCUUCUCAUCACUCUUAGGUACGACAGUGCUUAACUUUCGCGCCGCGAGAUACAAAGCGCUUGAAAACGCCAUCCACUUGCUGCUGAACUAUAUCCUUCAUACACGAUACUAAUUCAUCGGUAUUUUUGUUUUACGGGUGCUUUCAGCGAAAGCCGUGUGCGUCUGUGAAUAAAGUGUUCUUGUGUGUUAGUCCAGUGACGUCAGUAAAAGUUGAAGUGACGAAGUGAAAAUAGGCUGACUUAACAAUGCAACUUAUUACUCUGUGCUUUUGCGCGGCGAUUAGCGCCCUCUUCGCUCUGACAUCUUUGGCGGAUGCUCAGCAAAUAGUUCUUGUAUCAGAUGCUGAUAUCAAUGCAGUUCAACAGGGUGCGCUGAGCUCCAGUGAAGUUUUCGGGCCGGUUCUGAAGGGAAGAGCUGAGCGCCAGAAGAGGAAGAUUCUGGAGCCCAUCGUGGAGGCCAGCUUCGGAGUUAAGUCCGUACUCCUCAACAUCAUCUUCGGGAAAGUGAAUCAGCUGAUCGACUACAAGACGAGACUGGUCGAUCAACUCGACAGGAAGAACAUCGAGCUGAACAAGGCUGUCGGACUUUAUGGAGAGAAACCCUGUGAUACACCAAGCCAAACAACGGUAAAGCCGGCCGGAUCCACGACGACGGAGGAAAUUGCGGAUGUUGGCAACAGACGCGUGAAUCUGGAACUGCCCAACGAGCUUAUCGGUUCUUCCUUCUCACUUGUUACCAGAAUAUCAAAAAUCAUCAGUGACGUCAUCCUAAACACGGCAGCAAGAACGCAGAGGCUUGUCGAGGCAGUGAAACCGACCUUUGGGAAAGUACUGGGCAUUAAGACAUCGACGAGGAAGCCACCGACAGGAGCCAAAAGUAGUGCCAUCAGCAGCAGCUACAGCAGCAGUAGUAGUACAAGAAACGGUAGAGGCAAUGCACAUGUGACGUACUUGGCGAAUUCACAUCCUUCGGUAUCACAGAAUUUAAUCGAAUUGGGAAGCUAACACGAGAAAGAACAAUCCGUAUUGUGUUAGUCUCCAUAGUUAUGGAUUUAUAUAGUUCCUUACUCUGAAUUUUGUGCCGUAACUGUGUUUCAGUUCAUACCUAAAACACAACGUUAUCAUAUACACCGUAAUGUUCACCCAGUCCAACACAGUAACACAAUGGUAAAAAUGUAAGAAAUUAUAAAUGAGUCUGGAUGUCGCAAGCAGAAGUGUUUUGUAAAUUUGAACGCCUUGCGAGUGGUGAUGAAAUUAUUUCAGUUUAAGAACUGUAACACAAGCUUAAACUGGUACAGAAAUACAAGCACCACAUUAUCCAAAAUUUAAUCUUAAUCCAAAUUUUUUUUAAGUAUUAAAUGAAAAAUUUUACUGGGUAUUUUCUAAAAUAAACCAUAUAACUGCCUACUUACAUUGAAACUUUCUGUGAUGCAUUUUUACUACAUCAUAAAUUUAAACCAAACAAAUUAUAAUCAAUUUCUUUUAAAAAACAACUGAAAAUUUAAAGACAUAUUCUUGCGGAUUGUAACGCCGUGUGGUUUUUGAAGGUACGUAUCAACGUUACUAAGGGACGUACUGCCUCAACUCUUAGGACUGAAGCUGAAGGCAGUAAUAUUACUCUAAAAUUUGGUAUUGACCUACAAAUCUACACGGCGUUAAUACUCAGAGAUCCAGUAACACCAUUUUCCCCACUGUGAGAACUCAAAAUUUGAUAGUUUCCAACAGACAACAAGAAUAAGUUGAUAGUUUACAGUUUUGAUGCGUCAUUUUUGUGUUUAUAAUUCACUGGAAUACGAUCUAUAGUUCAAUUAUGGUAAAUAUGAAUACACUUGUAAAUACAUAUGGUGCUCGUAAGAAAAGCAUAAGGUACGUAUUAAGAAUUGUGUUUAAGUUCUUAUUACACACCACUUACAUAACUGAUUACAAGGACCAUUCUUUUUUUUAAUUUCAAACAAAUGUACAGAAUCGGGUGCUCAGAAAUACUAAUGGUUAAAAACAAUUGAGCUUACAACUACACUGCAAAAUAAAAAAAGGUGUGUCAAAGAUCAAUCUGUGGGCUGUAACUUUGUAUCUAUACCGUAUUUAUAACAUAAAGUGAAAUAUGUGCCAUAUA